AUGAGGGAGAUUGUGCACAUCCAGGCGGGACAGUGCGGAAACCAGAUCGGCACCAAGUUUUGGGAAGUGAUCAGCGAUGAACACGGUAUCGACCCGGCCGGAGGCUAUGUGGGUGACUCGGCCCUGCAGCUGGAGAGGAUCAGCGUCUACUACAAUGAGUCAUCGUCUCAGAAGUACGUGCCUAGGGCCAUCCUGGUGGAUUUGGAGCCAGGAACCAUGGACAGUGUGAGAUCCGGGCCUUUCGGUCAACUUUUCCGACCAGACAACUUCAUCUUCGGUCAAACUGGUGCAGGAAACAACUGGGCGAAGGGGCACUACACAGAAGGCGCGGAGUUGGUGGACUCAGUGCUGGAUGUAGUGAGGAAGGAAUGCGAGCACUGUGACUGCCUGCAGGGCUUCCAGCUCACCCAUUCCCUGGGAGGAGGAACGGGGUCUGGCAUGGGCACGCUGCUCAUUAGCAAGAUCCGAGAGGAGUAUCCCGACAGGAUCAUGAAUACUUUCAGCGUCAUGCCCUCCCCCAAGGUCUCUGACACGGUGGUGGAGCCCUACAAUGCCACCCUGUCGGUUCACCAGCUGGUUGAGAACACAGAUGAAACAUACUGCAUCGAUAACGAGGCCUUGUACGACAUUUGCUUCCGUACCCUGAAGCUAACCACCCCCACCUACGGAGACCUGAACCACCUGGUAUCGGCCACGAUGAGCGGGGUCACCACCUCCCUGCGCUUCCCGGGCCAGCUCAAUGCUGACCUCCGUAAGCUGGCCGUGAAUAUGGUCCCUUUCCCCCGCCUCCAUUUCUUCAUGCCUGGCUUCGCGCCCCUGACAGCCAGAGGCAGUCAGCAGUACCGGGCUCUCACUGUGCCAGAACUGACUCAGCAGAUGUUCGAUGCCAAGAACAUGAUGGCCGCCUGCGACCCAAGGCAUGGGCGCUACCUCACUGUGGCCACUGUCUUCCGAGGCCCCAUGUCCAUGAAGGAGGUGGAUGAGCAGAUGCUGGCCAUCCAGAACAAGAACAGCAGCUACUUUGUGGAGUGGAUCCCCAACAAUGUCAAGGUGGCCGUGUGUGACAUCCCACCGCGGGGUCUCAAGAUGGCUUCCACCUUCAUUGGCAACAGCACGGCCAUCCAGGAGCUGUUCAAGCGCAUCUCGGAGCAGUUCUCGGCUAUGUUCCGGCGCAAGGCUUUCCUACACUGGUUCACCGGAGAAGGCAUGGAUGAGAUGGAGUUCACGGAGGCUGAGAGCAACAUGAAUGACCUGGUAUCAGAGUACCAGCAGUAUCAAGAAGCCACAGUUAAUGAUGGAGAAGAAACUUUUGAGGAUGAUGAUGAAGAGAUCAAUGAAUAG